CCACAUCAAUUAAAGAAAAAGGUCCCCGGCUUGAUUCUUAUGCUCCAAGUUUUUCGUUGUAACUUUCAUCAAUUAAAGAAAAGGACAUCGCCACUGAGGCACUGACAUUCGCGCCUAUAAAGGGAUCAUCCCGCCCAGACGAACUCCAGCAAGCUUUUCUUCUAUCUUACUUGCGAUCGUCCCUUCGGCGCUGAGCGUCUGACGACUUUGGAGUUUGAAUUUAGGAGUCAGAGAAGAAUCAGGGAGAAGGAAGGGAGGUGGGUCGACAUUUUGUAUUUUGUUGAAGAAAGGAAGAAAGAGAGAUCGAUUCAUCUUCAAAAAAAGAAAAAACAGAUGGGUUCAUCUUUCUCUGACAUGCAAGAUGUGUUCCCUGCCGGCAAUGGUGGCAAUAGUCCACUUUCAUCGAAGGCGUCUCGCAUCGUCGCAUUCCAUUCCACAAAACGAUGGAAAGCUCACUUCGACUCCUGCAAAAAUUCCACUAAGCUGAUGGUGAUCUAUUUCACGGCGUCGUGGUGCGGGCCUUGUCGAUCCAUGGAACCAGCACUCGACGAGUUCGCUGCCAAAUACACAGACGACGUGGAGUUCGUCAAGAUCGAUGUCGAUGAAUUAAUGGGGGUGUCGGAUGAAUUUGGGGUGCAUGCCAUGCCAACCUUCAUACUGAUUAAACAGGGGAAAGAAGUUGACAAGGUUGUAGGUGCCAAGAAAGAUGAACUGGAGAAGAAGAUCCUCAAACACAGGGCCCAAGCCCAUGUUCAGUCCUAUUGAAGCCCAUCUUAUCUCACAUGACCCAGCCCGUCACUCAAUAAA